GUUCAACCACUAACCUCAAAAGGUUCUUUUCCCGGAGUGUGUUUCACUUAUUUACACGUGUUUCAGGAUGGCCCCUACCGAAACAAAGGCCGCCGCGCCGGCCAAGGAUGGCAAGAAGGUCCGCAAGGACCGUAAAAAGGUCCAGAAGGUCAACAAGUACCCGGCCAGCCUGCUCACGAGCGGAAUGUACCGUAUUGUGCGGCGUAAAAUGAUCAAAACGCGCCUCCCGUACUCGUCCGAUGCCGAGAAGAAGACGAAGAAGCCCGUCACUGUUGUGAAGAAGAUUGGCGGUGCCAAGAACGGUGGUGAACGUACCGUGCUGCUCCGUAAGAACAAGGCCGAUCUGCCGACCAAGCGUUUCCCGAGCAAGCCCACUACCAAGGCCUGCUUCCGCAACCACAAGCGCAACAUCCGCAAGUCGCUGAAACCGGGCAAGGUGCUGAUCCUGCUGGCCGGCCGUCACAAGGGCAAGCGUGUGGUGCUGCUGAAGGUGCUCCAGACCGGGCUGCUGCUCGUGACCGGCCCGUUCCAGGUGAACGGUUGCCCGAUGCGUCGUAUCGCCCAGAACUACGUCAUCGCCACCGAUACGCGCAUCAAGCUGAAGGACCUGAAGCUGCCGGAGCACAUCAACGACCGGUACUUCCGUCGCGUUCACCCGAAGAAGGACACGCGCGUCGAGCGGGACAUUUUCGCCCGCAAGGAGUUCAAGUACGUGCCGACCGAGCAGCGUAAGGCUGACCAGAAGGCGGUGGAUACGGCGGUGCUGAAAGCCAUCAAGGGCCACAAGGACGGCAAGCUGAUCGUGCGCUACCUGAAGUCGAUGUUCUCGCUGCGCUCCAACAUGUUCCCGCACCGUAUGAAGUUCUAGAUUGUUGGUAUGAGUGAAUUGUGUCGCCAAAUAGGAUCGGAACUAGCGACGCAGGGGGCGCGUGUAGGGGGACAGCAGGAGGGAAGCAAGGAGUCGGCAGUGGAUGUGCGCGUGUAAACAAAGUGCAACCCCGAAACUGCCAGGUGGUGGCCGACGAUGAGGAUUACUUUACACUAAUAACAUCCCACACGGCUGAGCUCGGAUCAGCGUUAAGGAAAGAAUAAAAUUUAAAGAUUAUCUCUUUAAAUAAGAACCGA